AUGGCCCCGAUCGGGUCCAAGUGGUAUCACUGGAUUGCUGAGACUUCUCUUCCCAACUUCUACCGGCAAGCGCUAGCCCUGGCUGUCAUGCUAGCGGGAAACAUUGUUGGCCUCCGGCUUCGAGCCCAUUCUUGGGUGGAAGUACAGAAAAGGGCGGGCUCUAUGGCGGUCAUCAACCUUGUGCCUUUGUGCACCGGUAUCAGCUUUGGUCUUCCAGCGGAUCUGCUCCACGUGGAUCGCCAGAUGCUCGCGUGGUUCCAUCGCUGGGCUGGCCGCAUUUGUGCAAUCCACUCUCUAUUACACUGUUCGCUGCUCGUUACGAUUGCCAGAACGAUGAACUUGGCAAGCUCACAACACGUCGUUCCACUCGUUGCCGGUUGUGCUCUCGUUCUCGUGGUACCGGUGACCUGUGCGGCGGUCCAACGACGACAUCUGCAAUUUGCGCUGAAAUCUCACUACCUGCUUGCAGCAACGGGGAUUGGCGCGCUGAUAUACCAUCUCGUGGAGCGGCAGUCACUAUAUCGAUGGUACCUGGUGGGCGCCACUUGCCUCUGGUUUUUCAUCAGCGCUGUGGUCUGCAUCAUAGCCCUAUGGGAUCAGAAGCCUUGGAGAUCUUCUAGCAACGAGGUAGUCAUGAACUCGGUGAGCCAUUUCCUCUGGCUGGAAAUAGACCUUCCUCUCAGCCGAGCGAUCCGCCCUGGUCAGUGCGUGCAGCUUUGGAUGCCACAGGCCGGCUUUCGCGCUUUCUUCCAGCUUCCUCGAUUCUAUGUUGCUUUCUGGGAAGAUGGGCCAACUCAGCGGAUGGUCCGCAUGGUAGCCGAUCCCGAACCUGGGCUUACGCGAAGAUUUUAUCAUGACGCCCUGACAUCCCCGGCCAGGCAGCCAGUUCUUAUACUCGGACCUUACGGACACCCUUUUGAUUUCUACCGGUACGGUACAAUCAUCUUUGUGGUGGAGGACAUUGGCUUUUUCCGAGCACUGUCAUACAUUGAGAUGUUGGUGGAGGCCAGCCGCAAGCGCGAAGUGAUGGUGCGCAAGCUGGAGGUUCUUUGGAAGCGCCAGGUUGGCAAAGAUGGUAUGUUUACCUGGGCCAAGGAGCCACAUUUGCUGAUUGAAGGUUUGCUAGAAAACCCACAGUGGGUAAACAAGUGGAUGCAAGACCUUUUCAACCGCGACUGGAGAGCGUUCAAGAUUUUGCGAUUCAGCAUCUACUGCCAACGUGCUCAAUCAAGUUCCGAGGAAACACUCUCCUACGAGCACAACGCAAUGCUUUGCUACUUUUAUGGCUCCAUCAAGAUUGAGGACGAAGUUGCACGGCAUCUUGACAACCGAUGCGGAGCUAUGGCCGUGGCGGUAUGUGCAGGCCCGCCGAUACGUGAGGCUGUGAUGAAGACUGUUCGACCACAUACUGGAAGAGAUCUUCGGCUGAUCAUUUUCGAUCCCGAUAUGAGUCCGGCGUCGGAUAGCGGAGAGCCUGGUAGCGUCGAAACUGCAGUUGCUAGCCAGGCUUCACCACAAGAAGCCUUAGAAGCAGAGGAGGAUAAGGUUGUUCCCCAAGUACGACCAUUUCCAGCGGACAACCGAAAGCUACAGUAUUCAUCUCCCAUAGAAAAUAAUACGCAAACCGGAAAGGUCAAAAUGGACAACCAUUCGAAAUGGUCCGGUUCGUCUGCCUCGAUUGACACGGUAUCAGCAAAAUUGUCGGCUUUGCAGCGCGCUGGCAACCAUGUCUUCUGCCGGGAGUUCAUGUAUCACCGGGAGGGUGCCAUGGGAGACUUGGACCCUGGCCUUCUUCGCCGCACAGCCGGUUCGCCUUCGCGAGCAGAUCCCUUCUCCAGGGGAAGUUGA